AUGGUAGUACAGCCCUUGUUCACUACUGGAACAGCUCUGGCAACAUUUGAGGGCAGAUGCAGUCGUCUCCUUUGGUAUACACAUAUAUAUGCAGGUGCAUUUACUUGUAUUAGCUCGGCAUUUCAUCUGGUAGCCGUCAGCAUUGACCGAGUAAUUUCAGUUGUCAAACCUCAUCAUCACGGCGAAAUCAUGAGGAAAUGGAACAAAAUAGUGUUGGCCAUUUGUUGGGGUACUGCUAUUGUACUAACCGGAAGUUCAUUUGUUGCAUACAAACUGGUAGUCGCGGUCAUGCAGUCCAUUAUCAUGAUGUGUGAGGUUGUCAUGAUUUGCUCAUAUGGGGUAAUCCUCUACAAGGUGAAGCGUUCACAUCAAAUUGCAGUAACAACUUCAAUGUCACCGUCUGCAGCAAGUGAAAGAGCCAAGGAGAAUCGMWUGUCUGGYACAAUUGCAAUUGUCAUCGUGUUGUUUGCUGUAUGCUGGUUCCCUUUUAUCGGCAUCAGCUUCGUGCAUCGUGUUGGCAUUCUCUGUCAAUAUGAAGCGAAAAUCUGCUGGGUCACAACUCUGUUGAUGGCCAACUCUUCCAUGAAUUUCAUUGUGUACAGUUUAAGAAUCCGUCAGUUCCGMGCUGCAUACAUGACAAUCAUCACCAGAAUUUUCCAACGACUUAGACAGGUUUUUGUAAGAUGCUUUUGUGGUACAAAAGAAAUAUUAGGAUAA